GGGACUUCCCUUCGUUUACGGAUAGAGGUUUAGGUGAGAACGCAGAAGGGAUCGUUACUGUAUCAACUAUUGGUAGGCCUAUCACAGGUUUAUGUGAAAGCCUCAGUACAGUAGCACAACUACUAGGAUACAAUGACGCGGCGAGGGACAUAGUAGCCCAUAUCGGCGAUGCUAACCUGAAACGUCUUGUGCAACUCCACCCGGUGAACAUGUCUGAUGUCAACAAGACUAUCCAGAAAUGGCACGCGAGUUUCAGAAAAGGCACGGACUUUGAUUCGUGGGGACAAUUAGUAGAGGCCAUAGAUGAGUACCAAAUACUCGCAAGGCAGCUGCAGAAAGAAGUACAGUCAACAAACCCGUCUGACUUCACAGAGGACCAGAAGAAAACAUUAGGGAAGUUUGCAACAUGCCUGGAGAUGAGGAGCUCUGCCUUGCAGUGCACACAAUCUCAGGAGGAGUUCAAGUUGGAAGAUCUGAAGAAACUGGAAAUUAUUAUCAAGAGUAUUUUGACGUAUAACAAAGAUUUUCCUUUUGAUGUGCAGCCAGUGCCCUUGAGGAGAAUCCUUGCCCCAGGGGAGGAGGAGAACUUGGAGGUGGAAGAAGAGGAGGAUGCUGCUACAGGAGCAGGCUCCCCAGAGUCCUUUCCCAACAGAGUACCAGUUUUGCAAGGUACAUUGUUGCCACGGUUACCCUCAGAGCCCAGGAUGUCGCUGCUCACAAUAAAGAUUGACAAGAUUGGGCUGAAAGAUGCUGGGCAAUGCAUUGAUCCCUACAUGACAGUUAGUGUGAAAGAUUUGAGUGGCAUUGAUUUGAACCCAGUGCAAGACACACCUGUGGCAACCCGAAAGGAGGACACAUACAUUCACUUCAGUGUAGACAUUGAGAUCCAGCGACAUAUCGAGAGACUACCAAAAGGGACAGCUAUUUUCUUUGAGUUCAAGCACUAUAAACCCAAAAAGGGGUUUACCAGCACAAAAUGUUUUGCCUUCAUGGAAAUGGAUGAGAUCAAACCUGGUCCCAUUGUGAUCGAGUUGUACAGAAGCCUACUGACUUCAAGAGGAAGAAGCUCCAGCUCCUGACCAAGAAGCCACUCUAUCUCCACCUCCACCAGACGUUGCACAAAGAUUAAUAACCGAGGUCAAAGAGUAGAGCACAUCAAGAAAGCAGAAGCGCCACAGAAUUCACUGUAGU